UCAAUCAAAAGAAAAUAAGAAUUAGAAACUUCUGUUCGCUUUGCUUCCAAGAUUUGGUUUUCAACCUCUAUCUCUUCUUUGAUUUUUGGUCCUUUAAAUACCUUUCAAAAAUCCAUAUCUGCCCAGAUACCAUCACAAGGUCCAUUUCCUCAUUCACUUAUGUUUUGUGGAAUUCGUAGCUUUUCACAUGUAGAUGAUGAUGAUCUAUGGUCCACCAGAUCAUCACCAAGGAAAUCAAGGAAGAAAGAGAAGAACCCAUAUUCGAAUCGUGGGCUUGAUAAGUUUUCAACCCUUUUAGCUGAUCUUGAAGAAAGGAGGGAGAAGAUCAUGGCAAAGGUGGGCCACCAAGAUCUUACGUUGGUCCGAUUCGUCCAUUCAAGUUCAAAUGGCUGGGUCCCAAUCGUCGUGAAGCUGAGAGACCCGAAACAGGCUAAGGCCGACGUCGGUAGCUGUCUUGAUCGGCCAGUGAAGCGGAAUUCGGAAGCGGUAGAGAAAUCUUCAAUUGGGUUUUCGACUGCGAAGGAAGUUGUGUCGGUAACACCGCCCGAGAAGAAUACGAAGAAGAGCUUCUUAUGGAAUUUGAAGAAGAAUGGUGUGUUGUUUUCAAAGCCUUCUUAUUAUUGGCCUUUGGUUAUUAUUUUGAUUUUAUUGUGUUUGAUGGCGUUUGGACGUACCUUUGCGAUCUUUUGCACCUCUAUUUGGUGGUACUUAGUGCCCACCAUGAAAAACCUGAAUGUGAAUGAGAAAAGAUCCAUGAAGAAGGAGAUUAGGAGAAGGUCGAGUGGAAAGAAGUUGGGUGGUGAUGUGAAAUCUCAUCAACAUAAGAUCUUGGCCAUUGAAGCAUUAUCACCAAGACACCAUCUACAGGGAAGGAAAUGAUGAUGUUUAUGGAAAUCAUAUUUCUCCCUGUUUUUUUUUAUGAUGAUGUUGAAUCUCAUCAAUCUUAAGAUGUGGGCCACACACAUGUACAUAGAACAAAAUGAUCAUGAUCUUGAUGUUCAUGAUUUUUUAUGCUGUGUCUUUUUUUCUUUUUUUUUUUAAUUUAUAAAUUUCAUGAGUGUAAAUUUGUGUAAUUUGGGUUAGAUUGGAAAUCAACUCAUUGGCUCAUCAAUGUAAAUACUUUCUAAGUUAACCUACCUUGUAUUACUCAAGUAGUCAAGUUGAUAAUGAGAUUUCAUUUUAAUGAAGUUUGA